CCAUUUCCUAAGCAGGAAGCUGUGGCAAGUUUCUCUUUUCAGGCUUGUUUACUGAGGCAGAAGCUGCCCUCAGCACCAGGCUUUGUGCAGACUCUUCACAGAGGCUGUGAAGUAUGGCCAUGAAAACUCGUUUGACAUGGUUGCAAGAAAAGUGCCUGCAGAAUUAUUUUGGAGGAAAACGGUUUUGUCUUCUUUAUAAGGCGACUCUGCAGAACUUCUCUCAUCGCGAUUUGUUAUGGAAAUGUUGGGAUCACGGUCCUACCAUGACAGUGUUUUACAGUAGAAACUGUGUCGUUGGUGCCUACCUGCAAGAGGGCUUCCAGAACAAAAAUGUUCCUAUCACUCUUUUUGUACUCCGAGAGACUGAAGUUUCAGCAUGUGCAAUAGGAGCACAUAAGCCAUCUUUUUUGUUCUAUGAUAGAGAGAAUACUGAUUGUAUUCCUGAUAUCUAUGUAGUGUUAUAUGAGAAAAACAUGACUAUAAGUUCAGAGGUAUGUGAAAAGCUCGGACUGCCUCGUCGAUAUUCUACCAUGUCUAUUCAGGAGUGUGAAACUUUUCGAUGCGAAGAGUUAUUGGAUGAGAGAAAGACAAGAGACAUUGCUGUGAUACAGAGAAAUUUAUUGACUGUCCUGAGUACCUAUAAGCCGUAUGGAGACCUGGUUCCCCAAACACGAAUUUUGCUGCUGGGUCCUAUAGGAGCUGGAAAGUCUAGCUUCGUCAACUCAGUCAAGUCUGUUUUCAGAGGCAGCAUCACACACCAGGCCUUGGUGGGCUGUGACAAAAAUGGGAUAUCUGACAAGUACAGGACAUAUUCCAUCACACACAGGGAUGAUGAUGGCCCCUUGCCGUUUGUCCUGUGUGACUCGCUGGGGCUGAGUCAGAAAGCUGGCUUGCACACAGAUGACACAGCUUACCUCUUAAAUGGCCACACUCCUGACAGGUACGAGUUCAAUUCCAUGAAGCCAAUCACAUCAAACCAUCCGAACUACAUUCACAACCCACUGCUGAAGGACAGAAUCCAUUGUGUGGUGUUUGUGUUUGAUAUCAAUUCUGUGGAACAGCUCUCCCAUGGGUUGGUGGCAAAGAUAAAAAGGAUUCGAAGAGAGCUGAUAAAAUGUGGCAUCCUGCAUGUGGCUUUGCUUACCCACGUGGAUAGCCUGGAUCUGAUUACAAGAGAAGACCUGGUAGACAUAUACAACUGUGAGCCUGUGAAGCUCAAGCUAGAAGCAGUCCAUAGAGACUUUGGUUUUGCCCUUUCUGACAUCUUGGUGAUUAGUAAUUAUGUCUCAGAGUGGCAUCUGGACCCUGUGAAGAACAUGGUAAUCCUCUCGGCACUGAGAGAGAUCCUGCAUACUGCAAAUGACUUCUUAGAGGACUUGCCUUUGAACAAACAGGUAUCAGAAAAGAAACACUCCCAUGUGUGCAAAAAAGAGGAAAAAUAAGAGAAUUUAUCAUGUAGUAAUAAUUAAUUGAUCAACAGAACAAUGAGAAAACAGGGGAGAAGAAGAAGAAGAAGAAGAAGAAGAAGAAGAAGAAGAAGAAGAAGAAGAAGAAGAAGAAGAAGAAGCUGAAACUAGAAUGCAUUUUAACUGUGCUAGGAAGAAGUACAUGUGCAAAAAAGCAGUGCCUUUGAUUAAUAGAAAAAUAAGAUAAAAGUAAUCAGUUAUGAAAAAUCAAUCAUAAUUCCUGGUGGGUUUAUAUUCUGUAUCUAUUAAAAAAUAAAAUGGUUUGUUGUUAUGAACCCCAAAUCUAACUUAAGUAUAUGUCAUUACUUUUCAAAUUCUAUU